CCCCACGCGCCAUGUAGCCGCGCUGGCUGGAACCGGCGGUGGAGACAUGGGCAAGGGUGGAGCUAGCGGCGGCUCCGGGGGCGGUGGCGGUGGCGGUUCGGGCAAGGGUGACAACAACAGCGGCGACAGCGGCAGCAACCCAGGCGACAAGCCGCAGAAGAGCGGGCUGUUCCGGGGGUGGGAGGAGCGUGUCGCUUACGACCCGGAGUUCCCCAUUAAGGUCCUCAUGGAGCAGAUCAUUGGAGUGGGCGCCUGCGUCAUCGGAGACAUGAGCGCAAGGCCCAACUGGGGUCUGAAUGAGCUCGACUUCAUCUUCAGCACGCUCGUGGUGGGAUCCAUCAUGAACUUCACCAUCAUGUUCCUGCUGGCACCCACCGCGGGGGUGGCCGCGUCAGCUGCCAGCACGCCGCUGGUGGCGCGGCUCAUCGGGGACUUCUACCUCAAGGCCUGGGGA